AAUUGGACUUAUAUUUUAUCAUAAUUGCUAAGAAUUUUGGAACAGUAUGAGAAUGCAUUCGUAAAUUAGAGGUAAAACUGUCUCCAAUUUCACGUAAAAAGUGGGUGGGGUAAUGUAAACAAAAAUCAGUUGACUUACCAUAAAUUAUCACCGAUUUUAUUUUAAAGGUAGGAAACAAUGUAUAAUAACUGACUUAAUUUUUGGUUAAUAUUUAUCUUACUGCAUUGUUCAUUAAUUAGGUUUAUUAAAUUCAAAAAAGUGUGAUAAAUAUGGUAAACAAUAGGCCUACCGUGGGUGUUAUUUGUAACUGUUAAUAAUACAUUUGUCACUCAAAUUAUACUAACUAACUAAUUUAUUUAACUUAAUUUGCAGGUACUAUGGGUUGUGAUGAUUAUUGCUGUGUGCCUUUGUGCAACCAUAAGAGAAGCCGUGAUAGUCCAUGUCAAACUUUCUACACAAUACCCACAGAACCUAAGUGGCUAUAUGAACAGUGGCAAGCACGCAUUAAAAGGUAUUACAAAGAUGAAACGGGCAAACUCAGAAAGUGGGAAGCAACAGAUAACCAUCGUAUUUGUGACUGCCAUUUUACGGAGGAGGAAAAAUCUACAAUUUUACAUCCUAAAUGUCGUAAGCCUGGAAGAAAACUUGUUUUGCCAUCAAUAUUUCCUAACAGAUUGACAAGCACAAAAAAGCAGAGAACCACCUCAAAGGCGACCAACAGAGAAUAUACUCCUCCCAUGUCAAAAAGUAAACCAAGAAAACUGUAUUUUGCAACUCCAUUACGGUGCGAAAAUAAUGACUUGAGCGACAUUCCAACAGAUGAACAAUUAAGAGUUGAUGAGGUUGAAAAUGAAGACUUCGAGAUACUAAGUCAUUUAAGAGAAAGCGAAGAGGAAGAAAGCGUAGAGCAGGAGAUGUGGGUUCCUCAUGGCCAUGAUUAUGUGUAUAUAUCAUAUAAGUUAAACUGCAAGUUAUUUAUUUUUAUAGUAAGUGGUUACUUUGUUCAUAAUAUGUGGUGACCUGAUAUGUAAGUUGUACUGAAAGUUAUUUCUUUUUAAAGAUAAUAGUCUAUUUGUAAUGGUGUUCACACUAAGUGCUGACGUGAUAUCAUGGCUGUGAUAUCAUAUGAGCCGCGUCAUGACAAAACCAACAUAGU